GGGGUGUACACCAGCAAGGAACUAGCCACGCCCAUCUUGGCCAAACAUUGCCCCAGUAAUCCAGAGAGUAGAUAUAGAUGCGACUUCUUUCCACCUGUAUAAAGUUCAAAGCACUAAUAAAGCCAUCAAGACUGCUCCAAGCACAUCCGAGAAACCUAACAGCAUUUGCACUGAGGAGGAAACCUACUCCAAAUAGAGACCACCAUCACCCCUUGUAUUUACACCAUAAUAGUCUGUCUACAAGAAGUUGUGUUGCUAUGGCCGAGGAAGAGGUUGUCAAGGAGCCUGAAUGGAGGGAGUAUCUGGGACAAGAAGAAGCUGCUGAAUUUGAUAAUUCUUUAUUCUUUGAAUACGAGUUCUCUAUUGACCAGUUGAUGGAGUUGGCCGGACUAUGCGUGGCGCAGGCUGUGGCUCGUGUGUAUCCGCUAGUGGGUGGGGCCAGUGGACGUGUUCUGGUGGCGUGCGGCCCGGGGAACAAUGGAGGUGACGGACUAGCAGCAGCCAGACACCUCCUCAUGUUUGGGUACGAACCAAUCAUCUUCUACCCGAAGCGAACUUCUAAAGAGAUCUACCAACUUCUGGUCAACCAAUGCGAGAAGCUGAACAUAACUUUCAUGGAGGAUCUCCCAUCUCAGGCUGACAUUGACAGGGACUAUCACGUGAUAGUGGACGGCAUCUUUGGCUUCAACUUUAAAGGAGCAAUACGUCCACCGUUUGAGAGAGUCCUCAGCACUCUACGCAGUGUGCAGGUGCCCAUAGCCUCUGUGGAUAUACCCUCAGGUUGGGAUGUGGAAAAGGGCAAUGUCCGUGGGGAUGGUUUGAACCCUGACCUCUUGAUAUCUCUAUCUGCCCCAAAGUUGUGUGCCCAACACUUCAAGGGACGUCAUCAUUACCUCGGACUCAGAAUCAUACCCAAAGAACUGGCUGAUAAGUAUCGUAUCAAACUGCCGACGUACCCCAGUACCGAUCAGAUAGUCAAGCUGAAGUGACUCUCGUGACAAACUGCCUGUACAUGUGUGUGUGUGGACUUGUGUGUGGACUUGAGGCUCUCACGGUUGUUUUAAUUCCAUGAUUUCUUUCAAAAAUAGCCCCUCAUUUUAUUCUUAAGUGUACAUGAUCCGUUUUGUGCCAUUAUCAUUUGUCUUAAUACGCUUUCCAAUUAAAUCAUUAUUGUAAUUUA